AUGGAUCAUUUGGUGACAUUGCCCGUAAAAAUUGCACCAGGGCUGCUUCGACCCCUUGCGUAUCGAGUCUUGUCGAAAAAAUACGGCUUGAAUAUCAAAUCAGAUGGACUCGCAGCAUUGGCUGACUAUAUUGGUACCAGGUUCGGUAGUAAUUGGCGUAAAGAUAGUGCAACUUUCCAGUUUUUGGAGCAAUUCGCUGCGAUAUGGGAACAACAAGAACGAGGACUUUUUAUCGAUAAAAAUGGCGUUGAUGAAGUGAUCCGUGAGGUCAAAGAGCGUUCAGGAUCCACAGCUUCGAGGGUCCCGAAACAAGAUUUGACGUCGUCCAAAAAAUCUAAUACAUUAGACGGGUUUUUAGCUCGUAAAACGCAAAAUCCAUCUGUCGAAGAAGAUACAUUGGAAUCCGGGACGCAAAAUAAUGCGGAGAAUCCAGAUUCAAUACUGCAAAGCGAGCUUUCAGAACCUUUACUCGAUUGGCAAGCGUAUUAUAAGCUCGUGGACGCUCAAUCGCAUCAAAAUUUCCGUUACGACCCCGCUUCCAAACAGUACAGACUGAAGUCCAAAGACGCCAAAGAUCUAAUCUUGCCUCGUGCGGAAUCCAAUGUAACGCUUUUCAAAGCACGCUAUGACGUCCUGAGAGAUCGAGUUUUACGGAAUGAAAUGUUCCAGGGCGGCCAAGACACAUUCAAUCCAUUGUCAUCUAUGAGCAACUUCAAAGGCUCGCUAGACACUCCAGUAACGCAAACUAUGACCCUCACGCAGAUCAAAAAUUUGCUGGGAAGAGAUGGUAAGAGAUUUCUACUCCUGGGCCUUCUCAGGACCAAUGUUAAAGGUGGUUGGUCACUGGAAGACCCAUCAGGCUCUGUAGAACUCGAUAUGACGCAAGCUAUACCGGCAGAGGGCAUGUUCUAUGUCCCAGGCUGCAUUAUACUGGUAGAAGGUAUCUACUAUUCGGCUGCCCACAAGUUUUUUGUAGCCUCUGUUACACACCCGCCUGGUGAAAGACGAGAUGAAACUCUGGAGGCAGUGGGUAAUCUGGACUUCUUAGGGGUUCACCAGUUGUCAAGCUCCAGCUACAUAUCAAGAAUUGAUAAAGAUUUGAAGAUAAGGCUUCAUUUACUGGAAAGAGAGUUAACAGAUCACAGAGUUGUCGUGCUAGGAGGAGAUAUUUUUCUGGACCAGCUCCAUAUAAUGGAAGCUUUGCGUAAAGUUUUUGACAAGUUGAAUGAUGAUCCGCCAAUAACACUUGUCCUUAUGGGAUCCUUUACAUCCACACCUAUUUUCCCCGUCAUGAGCAGUAAAAAUAUCAGUGCCACAACUGCCUAUAAAAAUGCAUUUGACGCCUUGGCUCUUCUGAUGUCUAACUUCGACAGGCUCAUCAAUGAAACGAAUUUUGUAUUUAUUCCUGGAGCAAAUGAUCCAUGGACAUCAAUGGUGAGUCUGGGAGCCACUGCGAUAUGGCCACAGCGCUCUAUCCCCGGAAAUUUUGUUCAUAGGGUGAACAGAAUUUGUAAGAAGGUGUUCUGGGGAUCAAAUCCCACACGGUUCGCAUACCUCUCUCAAGAAUUACUCCUUGUGAGAGAUGACCUGAACGACAGGUUUAAAAGACAUAACAUUUUGUUCCCGGCAACCAUAGGAAGUGAUGCUGAAAGCGAUCUUGAGGAUAGUCUUGCACAGGAUUUUUCCAUGCAACAAAUCCAUGACAAAGAAUACGAAAGUAUAGACCAUUUGGUUAAAUCUAAGGACCAAAAAUCUGCUGGAGUUCAAGCAGCGCGUAAGCUCGUCAAAACUAUUUUGGAUCAGGGCCAUAUCUCACCGUUUACCUCUUUCAUCAGACCAGUGGUCUGGGAUCUAGACCAUACUUUACAUCUAUCACCAAUACCGACUGUGCUGAUUUUGUGUGAUACUUCUGCAUCGCAGUUUGAAGUCACCUACAAUGGGUGCAAGACCAUCAACACAUCGACGUUUAUACACAAGCGGGCAGCGAGAUACGUUGAGUACAGACCGGCAUUCAGGAAAGUUAUACAGGAAGAAGUAUAUUUUUAA